AUGAAGAAUGUGCUGCGCUUCACGACCCACUACGUUGCUGGACAGAUUGAGGGACAGUACGCUAAAGGACUUGAGACAGCGACCCAGUACAGUCUUGACGACUGGCGUUGCGACUGUGAAUUUUCGGCAUCAAUGAGUCUUCCGUGCCGGCAUGCUAUAGCGUACCGGAAAUACAAGGAAGUGCCGGGACCUGUUAUACCUUCGAAUCGCAUAGACGAACGCCGGACGACACUUUCUCAAGAUCUGAAGAAGGUUAAACAGUUCACCAACGAGACGUUUGCGACCGGAGGCAGAGGAUCCCAGCAGAAAAUGUUGAAAUCACAGUCGGAGCAAUACAGAGAAGCAGUGAGAGCCACACAUCUCAUUGCCAACGAGUUGGCUGACAUUGAGGGCGAAGAUGAGUUCGAUAAAAUGCUGACUUUUGUCCUGGCCCAGUGGUGCAACGUACGCCAGAAGAAAAUGUUGUCUGUCUCUGAGAAUAUCUCUGGAGACGAAUCUGGACGUAUCAAGGAGGUAAACAAACGAGAUCGUGAUUAUGACGCCUUAGUAAAGAAGAGUUCAACAUCAGCAGCAGUGAUGAGGAAGACGGAAGUUCUAACAGUCACAAAGGUUGGACGACCUCAAAAAGUGAAAAAGAAGGCUCAAGCUGGGGAGAAGAAGGACGGUAAGUGGUACGAAGCAACAGAAGCCGCACGUGCACAGGCUGGUGAACAACGUCUGUCGGGGAUUAUCGUGAAAUACGGAGAUGCUGAAAAGAAGAAACCGAAGCUGAAACUCAUGAAAAACCCGGUUUUAACAAUGGAUCCCUUCUACCUACUUCCAACAAAGCUUCUGGACGCCUGUGUGAAGCUGCUGGCCGUCUCCAACACGAAGGCCACUGCUAUCUCUGUGGACGACUCGCAGUCAAGCCAAAUUUCAAGCACGCACACGGACAAGGCGCCUGUAGAGACUCUGGUAAUCAAGGACGUCGGAUACUUCAGCAGAAAACAGCUUGAAACCUUCAAGAGAGUUCAAAUCUUGAAAGAAUUCGUCGAGCUGGGCAUUGAUGUCUACAAGUGGCUCGUGGACGUAGCAGCACCUGCACUCCCAGCCGAUUACCAGUCGCUGUCUCAACAAAUGGCGGAUGCAGUAAUGGUGUCUUAUCCUUACAAGCGUAUAGAGGGUCUUCCGGGUGUCCCGGACUUCGCAUACACAGGGCUCUAUAGAGCAGCACCUCCAUCCUGGCUCACUGACGCUAUGAUCAAAUGGAUUGUGUAUACGUCUAGUCCAGGAUUACGUUUCGCUGGAUUCCAGGCAGCAUUUACGAAGGGCAAGAGAACGCGUAAUCCUGGCGAGCGCUGCCUUGACGACGCAACACGUGGUCGUGUGCUACAGCAAGUGAAUGAAGAUGGAGUGGAUACCGUCAUGCUGCCGUUGAACUUUUCAAACUACCACUGGUGCUGUGUGGUCGUCAAAGUGGAGAAAAAGCGUAUAUACUACUAUGAUCCUCUCAACCAAGCGCAGUACACGAACGCAGCUAACGCCGUGGCCACCAGCCUGGAGAUGGACUGA